UGUUCUCAUGUCAAAGAUGAACUCUCCCAAAAUGUAUGCAUUGCAUGGGAACGUCUGCACAUUAACAUGUUGACAGUCCGAGUGACCCAGGUCAAGCUUCCGGCGAAGGGCAAACAUUUCCAAUAGAGGCAACACAGUUAGGAGUCAAACCGUGAGUCCAGUUACUGCUAAUUGCCACGCCUCCAUCAGUAAGUUUAGUCACAUUCUACGAGCAACAGUACCUGUGAGGAAAUGAGAGGAAUUGUAGGUCUGCUUCUUCAGUUGAUCCUUUUAACUCAGAAAUAUGUAGAUUCAGGCAAAAUACUCGUCCUAUCUGUGCAGUUCGGGAGUCACCUGAACGAAUUUGCUGCCGUGAGUGAGGCCUUGCUGAAGAUGGGACAUACGGUCCAUGUGGUGAUGGACGAGAACCGUCCAAAUCCCUCUCAAUUCAAGGGCAUGAACGUGGAGUUCAUUCACUACCGAUCGCCAGAUAAGGAACUGGCAUCGCAGGAUGUUUUCGAUGCGCAGAUGGCCGAUGCAUUCCUGACAAAAAGAAGUGGAAUGUGGACUGUCCUGACGACAAUUAUUCAGCCAAGAUUCACGUAUGAUUGCAAAAUGGCGCUCAACGAUGCCAAAAUGGUCGAAAGACUGAAGCAUGAGCAAUACGAACUCGUGUUGGCCGACAUUGCCUUACCCUGUUACCAUCUGCUGGCCCAUAAGCUAGGCGUCCCAACCGUAACUCUCAGUACCACUCAACUAUCCUGGUAUGUCAAAACCCAUCCACUCGUCAGUCCAUUCGCUCCAUGUCUUGUAAAUAAAGAUACCAACACAUUCUUCAAGAGAUUGAAAACCUUUUUUGAAGUGCUGAUUUACGAACGGGUUAUUACAAACCUGUUUGCCGAUACCUCGUCAUUUGUGGACUAUACUCCAAAGAAACCUUAUGCAUCCUUGGGAGACUUGGUCAUGCAGUCAAAAUUGUUCCUCUACAACCGAAACGGUGUGAUCGACUGUCCAACACCAGGUAUGCCAAACCUUAUUAAGGUUGGAGGAUUAACCGCAAGACCCGCGCAGCCUUUGCAAGCAGAUUACCAAACAUUUGUAGAGGAAGCAAAGCAUGGCGUUAUAAUCGUCUCCUUUGGGUCCAGUGUACCAUUCCUUCCAAAGGACAUGUUUCUAAAAUUCAUAGAAGUGUUUAAUCAAAUUGAACAGCGCAUUAUUUGGAAGACUACAAAGACAUAUGAUGAGCAGAUUCCGAAAAAUGUGAAAAUUGUCAAAUGGUUGCCGCAGAAUGACCUAAUGGCACACCCAAGCAUCAAGUUGUUCAUAACCCACUGUGGAAACAACGGCCAACUGGAGGCCUUGUUCCAUGGUGUCCCGAUGCUGGGGUUCCCUAUCUACGGUGACCAACCAUACAAUACAGAGCGAAUGGUCUAUAAGGGUUAUGGUCUUGGCAUGGAUAUCCAUUCAUUCACGACGAAAGAGCUCACAAACAACAUCAAGGAAAUAAUCACCAAUACAAAGUACACCGAAGCCAUUAAAAAGGCUUCGAAGAUUCAGAGGACUCUUCCGGAUCCACGUGACACCAGUGCAUUCUGGAUAGACCACGUGAUCACUCAUGGCGCCGAUCACUUGACAACAACGCUCAGUAGUUUGACAUUUGUUCAGUACUUCAUGCUCGAUGUUCUUCUCUUUCUUGUUGUGGCCCCUCUCAUAUUGAUAAUGGCAGUAGUGUGUACUUUCUGUUGUGUGAAGAGAAUGAUGGACGGCAACACUAAGACAAAAGAUCAGCCUCGGAUUCGUAGGAAAAAGAAAAAAACUGAAUGAUGUCAACCAUUGACACUAAUUAAUUUCAUUUUGCAGCUUAUCGACAAAUACAUCAGACAGUGCUGAAAAUAAAUGCUCAUAAAUUAACUAUAGAUAAACUACAUGUGUAUAUUAUGCGCAUGUAUUACAUUAAAAAAGGUAAAGCUAUAUACAGCUUAUGCUACUUCACCACGUAGUCCCAUCGUACCUUUAUUACUAGGCCUUGGUUGAACACGUCACAUUAGCAGAGCAUGAGAGUCUCCCACACCGCACAAACUUCAGCCAGAGAUGAAAUUUCUGAGGGGUUUGUUAGCAGGACCUACGAAGCGAACAACCCCCAGUUUCCUCACGAUUAUCUGUAUUGG